AUGGCUUCUGCAGCUCGCUUGGCCUUCUUUGCCGUUUCCAUGGUUUUGCUUUCCUCAGUGGCUAUGGCAACUGAUUUCACUGUUGGUGAUGGGACUGGCUGGACUGUUGACUUUAACUACACUGCGUGGGCAGAGGGCAAAGUUUUCCGUGUUGGUGACACCCUUUGGUUCAACUAUGAGAACACGAAGCACAACGUGGUGAAGGUGAAUGGGACACAAUUCCAGGAGUGCAGCUUCACGUCAAACAACGAGGUAUUGUCGAGCGGAAAGGACAGCAUAACGCUGAAAGCGGAAGGGAAGAAGUGGUACGUUUGUGGAGUGGCAAACCACUGCGCUGCUCGUCAAAUGAAGCUUGUCAUCAACGUUGAAACCGCAGCUCCUGCUCCUGCUCCCACUUCCUCCGCUCAUUCUCUGCUUUCUUCUGUGUUUGGGGUCCUCAUCGUUGCCAUCGCUCCCAUCUUUGCCUGAGAUUUCACACACUUCAUUUCUUUUUUGUUUAAUUUUUCAUGGCUGUCCAAUUAAUGAAUUAUUAUGUUGACUUAUUUUGUUGUUGUUGUAUCGUGAUGUCAACAAUACAUGUCUAAUUUGAUUUGGACUGGAAGAUACAAAUGUUUGUGGAAAAGAGCAUGGUUGCCAAAUCUUGUGUCUUUUUAUGGGUUCAGUUGAUGUCCCCAUAUGUUUUCUUCUUUUUCUUGGUUAAUGAUAGUAUUUGUCUAGCCAACA